GACUCCAUUCCAAAAAAAAAGACGAUGCAUUUCAAACCGCAUCGGAUGCAAGGCACGUGUAAUAUUUAGAUUGUCUGGGUCAGAUGGUUAUUCUAUCACUUCUUUCAAAGAAUGUCACAAUCAUUCUAUGCUUUCCGCUCCUUCAAGGCCUUUCUUAAAAGUAAACAGAAAUCUAGAUAUUGGUCACAAGAAAUUCAUGUUGAAUUGUGUUAAGGCUAAUAUGGGAAUAAUGAAGUCCUACCGCCUUUUCGAAGAGACUGUAGGUGGUUACGAUAAAAUUGGAGCCACGGCUGUUGACUUUAAGAAUUUUAGACGAGACCUCAAAGCUUACAUUGCUGGCGGGGAUGCACAAAUGGUUAUUGACAAGCUGUUUAGAAAACACGAGACUUGUUCUGCAUUUCACUUUGAAUACGAUGUUGAUGAUAACGACCAACUUACAAGGUUAUUCUGGUGUGAUCCUGUUGCUAGGAAAAACUAUGCCAUGUUUGGUGAUGUAGUCUCGUUUGAUGCGACUUAUGAGACCAACAGAUACAAUAUGAUAUUUGCACCGUUCAUAGGCGUCGAUAAUCAUCAAAAAUGCAUUACAUUUGCCGCUGGGUUGAUCAACAAAGAAGAUGAUGAAUCUUAUGCCUGGCUUUUCCGUUGUUUUCUAAAUGCAAUGGGUAAUGCCCCUAAAUGCAUCAUUCCUGACCAAGACCCUUCUCUUCGAGGUGCCGUGAUUCAGGGAUUUCCAGGAACCGUUCACCGUUAUUGUAUGUGGCACAUCACGAAAAAGGUUGUUAAGAAGGUGGAUGACAAUUUGCUUAAGGAAACAGAUUUUUUGUCCAAACUCAACGCCAUCGUCUGGAGUCACUAUCUAGAGCCAGCUGAUUUUGAAAUGCAGUGGCAAAAUCUCAUGGCCGAAUAUAAUUUAGAAUCUCACAAGUGGUUUACCAAGAUUUUUCAGAUACGAACCACGUGGAUUCCGGCAUACUUCAGAGAUUUGUUCAUGGGAGGGUUACUGCGUACAACUUCUCGUUCCGAAAGUGAGAACAGUUUCUUUGAUGAUUUUACAGGGCAAAAUUUUAGCCUGGUGGAGCUUCUUAUGCAGUUUGAAAGUGCCAUGGACUCUCAACGUCAUAAAAACGUAGACUACAAUGCAGACGAUGAAGCAUGCUACCCAGAGUUUAAAACUCCAUUGGAUAUUGAGAAGCAUGCAUCCUCAGUUUACACGUUGACUAUUUUCUACGAUGUUCAAGCCGAGAUAUGUGCAGCAUGCUUCUCUUGCAGAGUACUUCGAGUCGAAGAACUUGACGACGAACACAACCAAUACUUAGUCAAGGACAACAGGGGUAUGACAUUCACCGUCAAAUACUCACGCAUUCAAGGCACUGCAACAUGCAGUUGUAAGCACUACAUGCGCAUUGGAUUAUUAUGCAGACACAUAUUUCUAGUUUUCAAGGAUGAGAACAUUCGUAAGAUUCCAGAUCUGUAUAUCAACCCCAGAUGGUGUAAAACAAAAUUGUUGAAGCCCAUGAUCAACAUCCCCGACAUCGAUUUUGAUGCUGUUACAGCUGUUGAAGGAAGAAAAACAGCAUUGAACCAUCUGUGGUCGGAUAUUCACUUUUGUGUUGCAGCUGCUGAACAAAAACCAGACUUAUUGGAUGGAUUUUCAAAGGUCAUUCAACAGCAAAAGAGCAUCCUCCAAAAUGCACUUCAGUCUAAUCUUACUUCACCACAAGACCAGAUCUUUGAGUCAUUCUAUGGCACAUCUGCACCAUCAAACAUUACUAUACGACCCCCCCAACAAGUACACAACAAGGGUGGUGGGAAGAGAAUCAAAAGCGCUUUGGAGAUUAGCAUAGAGCAAGGAAAGAAGAACAAGCGAAUGUGUAAAACCUGCCGUGAGAUGGGAUACCAUGAUAGUAGAAAUUUCCCACUGAAUAAACAGUAAUGAAUUAUCUUAUUAAAUUAUUUCCUCUCGUAGCAAAACUCAUACUUAUAUAUACACUUACCAAUGCCUUUUGUCUCAAAUAUUAAAAAGCAUUUUUUCCC